AUGGUUGGUCCUGCAAAAAGAAAGAGAGAUGAGGAAUUUCCUCUCUCAAGACAAGAUUCCACACAACAACCUACUGCCUCUUCGUUGGUGAGAAAUACUGAAGAGGUAUCAUUUCCAAGAGGUGGUGCUUCUAUUUUAACCCCUCUGGAAUUAAAACAAGUCGCAAAUGAAGCUGCAGGUGAUGUUCUAUUCAAUAAAAAUGAAGAUAAUGCCGAAUCAAAGAGACCACAAAAGAAGCCAAAACAAGUCAAGAAGUCAUCUAAGAAGGACAAAAAAUCAAAUUCUGAAAGUGCUGAAGAUGAUGCUGAAGAUGAAGAGACCUUAUCGGUUAUUCAACAUUUAAAUUUCAAAACUUUGAAAGUUGGCUCCUCACUACUAGGCCAAGUCUCCAAAAUAACAAGAGGCGAUAUUUGCAUCACUUGUAGUGACGGUAUUUCUGGUUAUGUCAACCUAACUCGUAUUUCAGACCAAUUUACAACAAUUUUGGAAGAUUUGGACGACGAUAUGGAAUCUGAUGAUGAAACUAAAAAUGAUGAAGAAUACGAUCUUUCAGAUGAUGAAGAAGGAAAGGAACGAAAGGCUGCAGAGCUUCCAGAUUUGAACGAUUACUUCAAACUUGGUCAAUGGUUAAGAUGUUCUAUUGUUUCUAACAGUACCUUAGAACCAAAAUCUAAGCAAAAUAAUAAAAGAAGAAUAGAAUUUACCAUCGAACCCACUUUAGUUAAUGCGAUGUCGGAAGAAGAUUUACAAAAAUUUAUGCCAUUACAAUGUGCUGUUAAAAGUAUUGAAGACCAUGGUGCCAUCUUGGAUAUUGGUAUUGAUGGUAUGACAGGUUUCAUCACAAAGAAAGAUGUUCCAAAUUUUGAUAAAUUGUUGGUAGGUUCUGUAUUCCUAGGAAAUGUUUACAAAAAAACCGAAAGAUCGGUCAAUGUCAACCUAGAUUUCGCUAACAAGAAAAAUAUUAUCUCACAAAUAUCAUCCGUAGAUGCCAUUGUUCCAGGUCAACUUGUCGACUUGUUAUGUCAACAAGUCUCUCAAUAUGGUAUUUCUGGUAAGGUAUUUGGUUUAGUUCCAGGUUUUAUUGGAUCUUCUCAUUUACUUAAAUUCAAAGAAGAAGAAUUAAAACAUAGCUUUGCCAUCGGUUCAAAUGUACGAGCCAGAAUACUUGCUUCAUUGAUAGAUGGGAAUGGUGACAAAACCCUCAUUUUAUCUACCUUACCACAUAUUCAAUCAUUAGAAACAGAUCUAAAAGAGAUCAGUGCUCUAGAUGCAUUCCCAAUAGGUUAUAUAUUCGAAAACUCCAUUGUUAAGGGACGUGAUUCCGAUUACUUAUAUUUAGCAUUAGACGAAGACCGUCUAGGUAAAGUCCAUCGUUCUAAAAUCGGCAAAUUAGAAUCUAUUGACAACUUGAGAGCAAGAGUGUUAGGUUACAAUUCCGUUGAUAAAAUCUAUGAGUUGGCAGUCGACCCAAACGUUUUGAAGAUGCAAUACAUCAGAACUAAAGACAUACCUGCUGGCGAAUUAUUAGCUGCUUGCGAAAUUGAAACUGUUUCAAGUAGCGGAAUUCAGUUGAAAAUUCUAAACGGCCAAUUUACUGCUUCUGUACCACCGUUACAUAUUUCUGACACAAGAUUAGUCUAUCCUGAAAGAAAGUUCAAAAUUGGUUCUAAAGUAAAGGGUAGAGUUUUAACUGUUGACCAAAGAGGUCGUGUUUUCAUGACUUUGAAAAAAUCUCUUGUUAAUAUUGAUACCGAAGAGACUCCAAUUGUAUCCUCAUUUGCUCUUGCUCAGGAGGUCAAGAACAACAAUAAAAAAACUGUGGCGACAGUCCAAUCAUUCAGACCAAGUGGUUGUGUCGUCUCAUUCUUUGGUGGCAUUAGAGGUUUCUUACCGAAUGCAGAAAUCUCUGAAGUGUUCGUAAAGAGACCAGAGGAACAUUUAAGAUUGGGCCAAACUGUUUCUGUAAAGCUUUUACAAGUUGAUGAAGAAAAAGCUAGAAUACUUACAAGUUGUAAAAUUUCAUCCGAACAAAGCCAAGAACAAAAGGAUGUUAUUACAAACCUAGUUCCUGGAAAAACUUUUAUCGAUGUGGUUGCUGUUGAAAAGACGAAAGACUCUAUUAUCGUUGAAAUGAGUAAGACCGGCCUACGCGGUGUUAUUUAUGUUGGUCACCUAUCUGAUUCCAGAAUUGAACAAAACAGGGCUGCUUUGAAAAAAAUUACUAUUGGCGCUGAAUUCAAUGGUUUAGUAAUUGAUAAAGAUGUCAGAACUCAAGUUUUCAACUUAACUCUAAAGAAAUCUUUAAUCAAAGCUGCCAAGAACAAUACUUUACCUACUCAAUAUAGCGAAAUUAAGUCUGUUUCUAAAGCCGAGGCAUUACCUGGGUACGUCAAGUCAAUUUCUAAUAACGGUGUCUUUGUUGCUUUCAAUGGUAAAUUUGUUGGUUUAGUUUUACCAAGUUAUGCCGUCGACAGUAGAGAUAUUGACAUUUCAAAGAUAUUUUAUGUCAACCAGUCUGUCACUGCCUACUUACUGAGAACUGAUGACAAAAAUGAAAGAUUCUUGUUAACUUUGAAAGCUCAAAAAGAAGAAACUGCCAAGAAGACCACCAGCUCUGAAAUAGUCAACCCAAUCGAUCCAGCUAUUCAAAGUUUAAAUGAUCUUACCACUGGCAAAGUAGUUUCCGCUAAAAUCAAGAGCGUCAAGAAAAAUCAAUUAAACAUCGUAAUUGCCGAUAACAUUCACGGUAGGGUUGAUGUUGCUGAAAUCUUCGACGAUUUGAAGGAUAUUAAGGACAGAAAACAGCCUUUAUCUGCUUUUAAGAAGGAUCAAACCGUUAAAGUCAAAAUUAUUGGUUAUCAUAACAUCAAAAGUCAUAAAUUUCUACCAAUAACUCAUCAAGUUUCUAAAGGAUCGGUAUUAGAAUUAUCCAUGAAGCCAUCUCUAUUAAAUUCAGAAGAUACUUUCUCGAAGACGAUCAAAGAAAUCAAUGUUGGCGAAGAGCUUGUUGGCUACGUUAAUAAUUUUGCUUCUAACAACUUGUGGCUAACUAUUUCUCCUGUUUUAAAGGCAAGGCUUUCUGUUUUUGACUUGGCUGGAGACAACACAGAGUUAUCUGAAAAUGUCGAAGACAGCUUCCCUCUAGGUUCUGCUAUUCCUGUCAAAGUUACCUCGAUUGAUAGUGAACAUGGUUUUAUUACAGUGGCAAACAAAUAUCAUACCAUGAAGGAUAUCAAUAGCAUCAAAGUAGGUGAGUCAUUACCCGCUCGUAUUGCUAAGAUUUUUGAAAAGUAUAUCUUACUAGACUUAGGUAAUAAGUUAACUGGUAUGGCUUUUGCUACUGAUGCCUUAGAUGACUUUUCAGUAACAUUGCAAGAUGCGUUCCACGAUAAGGUGAACCAGAUUGUCAUGGCAACUAUCGUCUCCCUUGAUGUGGACUCUAAGAAAGUCAACUUAUCUUUACGUACUAAGGAUGCAAAGACCCCAACAAUUACUUCUCACGAUGAUCUGAAGAAAGGUGAUAUAGUGCAUGCCUUGGUUAAAUCCGUCAGUGAUAAGGGUAUCUUCUUACAUUUAAGCAGAACUUUGGAAGCUUUUGUUCCUGUAACCAUGUUAUCUGACUCUUACUUAAAGGAAUGGAAGAAAUUCUACAAGUCAAUGCAACAUGUUGUGGGUAAGGUUGUGAAGUGUGAUGAAGAUGCACGUAUCCUAAUAACUUUAAGAGAAUCUGAAGUCAACGGUGAAUUAAAAGUUCUGAAAAAUUACGAUGACAUAGAAGUUGGGGACGUUGUCAGCGGUUCAGUUAAAAAUGUCACUGAUUUUGGUGUCUUCGUUAAGUUAGAUAACACUGUUAACGUUUCUGGUCUGGCCCACAUUUCUGAAAUUGCUGACAAAAAACCAGAAGAUAUUUCUGCGUUAUUCGGCCCAGGUGAUAGAGUUAAAACCAUUGUUUUAAAGACCAAUCCAGAAAAGAAGCAAUUAUCUUUAAGUUUGAAGGCAUCUCGUUUCACAACGGCCCAAGUUGAGAACGAAGAGGAACACAGUGAUGACGAAAUGCAUGAACAAAUCGAAUUCGACAACGCUAACGAAGAAUCUGAGGACGAAGAACAAGAGGACGAAAGCGAAAAGGCCAAACCACAAACCACCAACAAUGGUUUGAGUUUAAGCACAGGUUUCGAUUGGACUGCAUCUAUUUUGGACCAAGCCCAAGAAUCUGAAGCCUCUGAAGAUAGCCAAGAUGAAGACUUCACCGAAACGAAGAAACAUAAGAAUAGAAAGAAGAGAGCAAGAAUUACUGAAGAUAAAACAAUUGAUAUCAACACCAGAGCACCAGAAUCUGUAUCAGAUUUCGAACGUAUGAUCAUGGGUAACCCUAACUCUUCCAUUGUUUGGAUGAACUACAUGGCCUUCCAACUUCAGUUAAGUGAAGUUGAGAAGGCCCGUGAGAUUGCUGAGCGUGCUUUAAAAACUAUCAAUUUCAGAGAUGAAGCGGAAAAGCUAAAUAUUUGGAUUGCCAUGCUGAAUUUGGAAAAUACUUUUGGUACUUCUGACACACUUGAAGAUGUUUUUAAGAGAGCUUGCCAAUACAUGGACUCUUUCACUAUUCACAACAAACUUUUGACUAUUUACCAAAUUAGUGAGAAAUACAAUCAAACUUCUGAACUGUACAAAUCAGCUGCUAAGAAGUUUGGUAGUGAAAAAGUCUCUAUCUGGAUAUCAUGGGGUGAUUUCUUAAUCACACAAAAGCAAGAAGAAGAAGCUCGCUCCAUUUUAUCUAAAGCUUUGAAGGUUUUACCUAAGCGUGACCAUAUCGAAUUAGUCAGGAAGUUUGCUCAAUUAGAAUUUACAAAGGGUGAUGCUGAAAGAGGUCGUUCUCUUUUCGAAGGUCUCAUAGCGGAUGCACCAAAAAGAAUUGAUUUAUGGAAUGUCUACAUUGACCAAGAAAUCAAGUUGAAAGAAAAGAAGAAGGUUGAAGAAUUAUUAGAACGUGUUAUUUUGAAAAAGAUUACAAAGAAACAGGCCAAAUUCUUUUUCAACAAAUGGCUACAAUUUGAGGAAGCCCAGGGUGAUAGUAAGGCUAUUGAAUAUGUUAAGGCAAAGGCAACUGAAUAUGUCGAAAAAUCAAAGGCAGUUGAAGCUGCUACCUGA